AUGUCCAAGUCCGCUCUUAUUCUGUUAGCCCCUGAAGGCGCCGAAGAAUCCGAAGUCAUCAUCCCAGGAGACGUUCUGACACGUGGUGAUAUUCAAGUCGUCUAUGCUUCCCUCGAAGGAAAGUGCCCAAAAACUGGAAUGAUGAAGCCAGUUAAAUGCGCAAAAGGUGCAGAAAUCAUGCCAUCUGCAGCUUUCGAUGACGUCAAGGAUAAGAAGUACGACAUCGUUAUUAUUCCAGGAGGACCUGGAAGUUCCAAGUUGGCAGAGAACUCCUGUGUUGGAUCCCUGUUGAAGGAUCAAUUCAAAAGUGGUGGUUUGAUCGGAGCGAUUUGCGCUGGACCAACUGUUCUAUUGAGUCAUGGAAUCAUGGUUGAUGAGGUCACUGGACACUAUACUGUCAAAGAUAAACUUGUGGACGGAGGUUACAAGUUCUCGGAGGAUCGAGUUGUAGUCAGCGGAAAAGUGAUUACGUCUCAAGGUCCCGGAACGGCAUUUGAGUUUGCUUUGAAGAUCGUGGAGAUAAUGCAAGGCGCUGAGAAGGCCGAGAGUCUCAAGAAACCACUUUGUUUCAAAAACUAG